CCAUAGCUGUGAUAAAAUGAAGCCGUUUUAGAAGUGAUUGCCCUGCUGCUUGUAGAGGGAGUUCUGUCAUAGGACGUUGCAUGCUCAGGCUGCGGUUGUGCUGGAGGUAUGCCAUAAGGAUUUAUAACCCAUCAGUAAUACAAUGGAAGUGGGAAGCUGGAACAUAUGUGAACAAACAGUGGUUCUUCAAGGAGCUCUACUGUUAGCAGAAAAACUCACCUUACAGAAAACAUUGCUGAAGCUCACAAAGGCUGAAUGGCCUCUUGUGGAGAAGACAAUCAUAAAUGCUUUACAAGAAAUCAGCUCAGGUACCUGGUCACAAAGCCUUGAAUGGAGAAGGAAAGUCAUUGCAAUAUUUUGGGCCAAAGUACUCUCAUGUCAAGCGCAACUCUCCUUAGAUGGAGACUUUGAUAUUGACAGGAGAUGGAAAGAGGAAGAGUUCUUUCCUGUGGAAAACAUGAUCCCAAAAAUGAACCACACACUUUUGUUUGAAGUACUCAAGGCUGCAAAAGCAGCAGAUGUAUUUGCAGAACUUCUCUUGGCCCUGCCAGCAGAUUUUUGGGUAAGCGAAGCGUCUUUGUUGUUGAACCAUAUUUGUGAUGACACUUCCAUAGCAGAUGUGACUUUUUUCCUUGAUGUGUGGUGGGAGAUCAUGAAAAAUAGUAGAAAUCGGAAGGAUGAGAUUAUUGAAACCUUUUCAGCUGUUGCAUGCCAGUACUUGCCUAAGACUAAGGAUGAAAUUGGCCAAAGCUCUAAAAGAUUUAAGCCGGAUCCUGAGCAAUGCUUACCUGCAGCUGAUAACAUUCUUGCUGUGUUUUUAGAGGGGCUUCAUAAACUCAGGCCAAGCAUCAAUAACAGCAAACUGAAGUGCUACACUAUAGCAAACCUAGCAGACAUGUUGUGCUCGUCUGCUUUUCUAGAUAAAGAAUCGGGCGAUCUUCCUAUAAGACUGUAUUUGGAGAAGCUAGUCGCUGUGCUUUGUUUUUGUAACGCAACAGUGAAAGAUGAUAAUCCCCAAAAAAGCCUCCCAGAAAUGAUUCAGGAAGCCGAGAGGAUUGUGCAGAGUGGCAACAGUGCUUCCAGAUUUAGGUUAUUAGGAGGCGCCCAACACUUUGGCUUAAAAUGUCUAAAAGACCUGCUGUUUCAUUGGGGGGAAGAGCUGCACAAUUACAUGAAUAACUGCGAAAAGAUUUCCUAUGAAUGUUUUCGGAUGAAUGGUAGUCUUGCAUCGUUACAAAAGAAUUUGGUUGCCUUAGAGCCAAGUGAGACUUUUUCUGAAGAGCAAAAAGGGAACGCUUUAGAACUGGCAAACUGCAUUUCUAGCCUCCUGGAGAAAACCUCCAAUGUUCAGAUAACGUGCAAGAUGAAUGAUGUGGACAUGAUGGCUACUGUGGCCAAAAAUAUAAUUGACUCUAAAAUGUGCCGCUAUAAAGAAAUAUGUUUUGAGUACGCAUCUGAAAUAGCAUGGGCCUUCUCCAGUGACUGGCUAAAUUGUCUUAAAAGGAAUAAACAGAGUUUUCAGGAGCCAGACCUCAUCUUAAAAUUGUUGGAAACAGUCAGUAAAGCCACAUACGAGCAGAACAAUCAAAGUAUCACGGAGAUUCAGAAGUCUACAGCUGUCAUUUUAGACUUGUUUUCUGAGCUUUCACUUGCUCAGAUGGAUGAAUUGCUGAUGAGAGCCCUAAAUACAUGGGGUGAAAAAGGUCUGUCUCACUGCAUGUCUGCAUUUACAGAUAAUUUCCAGGAAGAGCUCAACAUGACGUUCAAUCAAAUCUCACAAAAUGUGACAGACUAUAACAAUGUUUCAAGAGUGGCGAGACUGGCCCUCCUGUAUCCAGAGUAUGUCAUAAGCAAAGCAUGCCACUUUGCCGUUUCAAAUCUUGGUGCUCAUGUAUUUCUAGCAAAAAUAUUGACUUCACUUCCUGCUUUAAGCUUUAGGGGCUCUAAUAAUUCAGAUACGUCAGGCUCAUUAUUAUCUCGCUGCUUGAUGGAGACAUGCUGGGGCAAACUGUCCUCUGAUAAAGAAGAAAAUCAGUUUUUAUACUUGCUGUGUUACCUAAUGAAUCCUUCCGAAACCACAGGUGAAAGUGUUUCCCUACUACGGCCAGCAGAAGUAGUGAGGACAUUUGUCCUUCCUUAUAUACUUGAUGAAUGUGUUCAUGUGGAGUUAUGCUUGAAUAUUCUUCAUAAAGCACUAAAUGUUGAGAACCCACUAGAUGUGUCGGAUAAGCAUUGGGUUCUUUCUUGCUCACCAUUCCCUCUCAUUAUGUCACUUUGUAAACUCCUCAAUAGCUUCAGUAGGUGCUGGCAACAAUCUGAUAAACCAUAUUGCCUUACACUUGGAUCCAAGGAGUUGAUAGUUGAAAUUCUCACACAGCUCUGCCCACUGAUAUUGCCAGUGGCUGAAACUAGCCCAGAAACUUGGGGCAAGUCACUCUUUUGGCUGCACAGGAAAAUGGAGCAUUUAGAUUGGGUUGUACGCUUGAGGCUAAAGCCUUUAUUUGGAGAGCACUUUAAAAAUGAAGCCCCAGCUUCCUUGUUUGCAGUUUGCAAACUCUCUGAGAAUGACUGGGCAGCACUUGAUCUACCAGAGUAUGGUCCCGGUACAGGGCUUAUGGCUUGGGUGGAAUGCUGUUGUAUUUCAGGAGAAAUGAAAGAGCUAAUGCUUUCAAUCCUUUGUGUCAACAUGGAAGACCCAGAUGAGGUUAAUCUUUUCAGCAAAGGAUUUUUAGUAGCCAUGGUACAAGUCCUGCCAUGGUGCAGCUCAACGGAAUGCAAGCUUCUUUCUCAGGUUGUGAUGUGUCUUUUGAAAAGACAACUUCUCCAUGUACCAUAUUCUCUGGAGUAUGUAGAGUAUAUGCCUCUUUUGAAUCUUCGUCCAUUUGCCUAUGUUCUUCAGUUCUCUGUUCUAUUACUCAGAGGUUUCCAGCUCCUCUGUAGCUCGAGCUGUUCCAGCUGGCUUACCUUUGAUGGUCAGAAGCAUAUUGCAAGACUUUAUAGUGUCUGUGUAUCUGACAUGCUGGAUGGCGUUAAAGAGCAGCUCGUAGAAGACAGUCUUCAAAUGCAGAAAGUUGAAAAAGAAUCGGACUGUGUACAGGAGGUCCUAUUUAUCUACAGUCAGGUAUUCUGUCAUGUCCUCCACAUAAUUGCAAUGAUGCCAGAAAAUACAUGUGCACCUCUCUUCUUCUUGUCACUAGAAAUUCUCUCCCUGUACGAAAGCCUGAGAGCAAAUGACACUUCCAAAAACCGAUUGCUCAGGUUGGCUAAUGAAAGACAUUUCCUGAAGUCCAUUAUCGAGAACGUGAGCAAUGAAAGCCAUCGAGCUACACUAAUGCAAAAAAUUAACAAGCUGUAAAGAAAGACCUGUGUGGUCCUAUACAGCAUUUAUAAAAGGUGUCCAGUUAGUUAUCUGCUCUCGAAAUAUCAGCCCUGCUGUAUGUGCACUGUAUAUUGGACUCUUAAAGGAUCACAGAGUUUUCAUAAAACUUUUGACUUAGUCAUAGACAUAAAGGUUUUGAUCAGCUGGGGUCUGAGUGCUGAAGACCUCACAGAGGCGAGAGAAGCGCACGCAUAUUGUGUUCUCUCUCCUCACUGCAGGGAACAGAAUCGAGAUGGACCGUUAGACUUUCUAUUGAAUCCAUCUAGCUUCCUCUCCUGCAGUGAGGAUAGAAAGCGCAAUAUGCUAGUGCUUCUCUCUCCUCCUUUUAGCAAUCUCUGGGGGUCUCUUCACUCAGACCCCCACCAGUCAAAACCUUUGAUAUGUCUCUGACAUAUCAAGAGUUUCAUGAAACCUCAGUGACCCUUUUAAACUAGUACUCGGCAACAUCUUUGGCAUAGAAACGCCCCAAAGCUGUACACAUUUUAGGGCUCUUCUUGGAGGUUAAAUGGGAAUAACCACAGUAAGUGCUGGCCAGGGGAGGCAGAGUUGUGGAAAUGGCAGGGGCGCAGCUGCCCAAAGCGCAGCAAGCUACACUUUCCUUAAUGGGGUUAUCCGAUAUCUAAAAUGGGCCCCCCAAUGCCUGGGCCCCUCGUAUGGUGCUCUAGCUCUGGAACCCUGCACGGGCGUCUCCGCAUCUUCCCAUUGCUUGGAUCAAAACUUCUGGUGAUAGGGUAAGAAGCCAAUAGCGGGCCAGUGACCAGCCUCAAGGAAGCUUGUUCCCGUCAUGGCAUGCUAUUGGCUGCUCCGCCCCGUCACUGGAUGGGGCCUAGGCAUUGGGUGGGAUAUUUUAGAUAUUGGAUAACCCCUUUAACUCGCAAACUGAUGUUUCUGUAAGUCCUUCCGCCUCCGGCCGACAAAAUUUUUUUUUUUCCCAUCUCGGUCAUGAAAGGCUGACAUGGGACAACCCCUUUAACAUACAUUCAGAAUUUGAUGGUCUGAAAAUUGGAAUGAUAAAAUGUCAUCACCCAAAAUGUUGUGUUUUUUUGUUGUUGUUUUUUUUUUUUUUUACUAUACCGGUAACAGAAAUUAAAGUUUUUUUGCAUGGCUACAGAAGAAAUAAGUAAUUUAAUAAAAGCCAUGAGUGAAGCAAAAUAUGUUUUUAAGCCAAAUUCUUUAAGACAUAGUAGUUAGUCGCUUUGCCCAAUGUUGUUCCUGAAUUACUUCUAGUUCAUAGCUUUUAAUCCAGUGUUAAUUUCGGGCUUAAUAAAAGGCUGUUAACCUGUUACUUCAUAUGACGUUGG